CGAUUAUUCAACUGUGUGGUUUGGUGUCAUAAAAACAUUUUUUGUGAAAAAAUUAAAAAAAAUUCAAAUUUAAAGCAAUAAAGCUGCUUAAAAAGCUGUGAAACACAUUAAAAAACCGUGCUGUACAAAAUUCCAUUAGUCAUCGCCUAUUUUGGGAAGAUUUUUCUGCUGCGUAUUUAAAGUUUUACUCUUAUUGUGUUCACUGACAUGUCUGAGAGCGAUGCUAAUAAGCCUGAUGACAAAAAGGCUCAAGAUUUAUCAUGGGACAUCCUGGCAAAGCAUCAAGUCAUCAAAAUUAAUGAAAAAUUCACCCUAGAAUGGAAAAAAGAAACUGAAAAUGUCAUCAAGAAAGUCAAAGAUUCCUGCAAGGUCCUUCAUUUCUCAUCUGUGUUUAAUUUUGAGGAAGUUCUUGGAAUUAUCGAUGAAUUGAACCCCGAAGAAUAUCCACAACUGUUUAUUUUUGUCAUUGAUGGCACCAAUUUUGAAUUUACGGCAGACCAACAGCCAAAAUCGACAGAAAAAUCAUCAAAAGUCCAGGAAAAGUUGCUCAAAUUCAGCAUGACUCGUCCAAUAAUUCUACAAUUGGCAUCAAAAGAUGAAAAUGUGACAAGAAUCUUCUACAAAGAGGAAGUUACAGAACAAUUUAAAGUCGUCGACCAACAGCAAGACAAGCCUGAUGUCGUCGACCAACAGCAAGACAAGCCCGAUGUCGUUGACCAACAGCAAGACAAGCCUCAUGUCGUCGACCAACAGCAAGACAAGCCUGAUGUCGUCGACCAACAGCAAGGCAAGCUUGAUGACUCAAACUCAUUCCAGUCAUUUUUGAGCUCAUUUUUUAAUGGAAAAUUCAACAAUUUUCAACUGGAUGUGCUAAACUUUGUAAAAAAUAUUAACAAUCGUGCCUUUAUUUUAAGAUUCCUGCACACCUUAAUUUUGUCGAAGGAAUUUUUUGAAAGCAUAAUAAUGAAUAUUGCAUUAAAAGGCACAGAAGCUGAAUUCAUAGCUGCUUUAGACGAAACAUUCGAGAAUAGUGAAUCAACAUUAAACAACGGUACUCAUGAAUACAUUUGUAACGUAUUUGGAGAUAAUCAGGACCAAGCAAUGAACAAGUCAGCUCUACUCACAGCUGUUGAGAACCAAAACAUAGAUGUCAUCGACUAUUUAAUAUAUUAUUGGUCUCAUUUGAUCCAACAACUUCCAUUUGAGCACCAAGUUAGAAUUUCUACAGCAGCAUUUAAUACCAAUCAGCUUGAUGUCCUCUGUCGCUUGCUGAAUAUUGCUGACUUUCCUUUUCCAAAGGAUUUCAAUCAUGACUUGAUUGUCCAUGAAGGUCUUAGGGAUAUCAUCGAUAAAAGAUUGAGUUUUGCUACUGCAAUCAGUGAUGGGAAUUCUAACUACAUUGAAGAAUUUAUCGACACAAAUCAGGACCUAAAAGUUGCCUACAAUAUCAACAAUAAGUCAGCAUUAAAGCAAGCUGUGGAUGCAUCAAAGAUCAAUAUUUAUGUUCUCUUAAAAUCCAGCGGUUUUUGUUCAAAGAAUAAAAAUGAAGAUUUUAAGGAAGCAGAAAGAGAAGCCAGAAAGUAUGCAGCACAACAAAGGAAUCAAAACAUCAACGACGGCCUGACUGAUGACGAAAUGUCUAUAAAUUCCUUAUGUAAUAGAUCAAAAAUCCACAAUAAGAAGAUUUGUAAGGAACAAGAGAAAGAAUAUAGGAAGAAGAUCAGGAGUUGGUACGAAGACAUCAGCAAGAUCAAAAAUGGCACAGGUUUCCUCAAGGUUGCAGCAUCUUGUAGUGGAUUAAAGCUUCUUUUUGAUUUUGAAAAUAACACGGUUGAAAAUGCUAGCAUGGAGGGACAGAAUGCCUCAGGAUCAGUGUUCACGAUCGAAAAAUGGAUCUUUAUUGGUGCUAAAUUGAUUGAUGAUUCUGGAGCACAGCGUGAACAGAAGAUCAAAGGAGUUUUGGCACACGAACUGUGUCAUUAUGUCAUGAAGCUAGUUUAUGAUAAUCAGGAGAUGCCUUACUAUGAGGACAGCGAGGAUAUAAAGAAAUUUUUUGAAGCAAUUGUCAAAAUUAUUGACAGAUGGUCAGCAAAAGAUUCAGCAAAUCCAGAUGACGAGUGCAAUGGAAUCAUUUCAUCAGUUUUUACAGAAUAUGAUACCAAGGACUUCCAUCCAGAGCUGAUCGUCCGAGUUGUCCAAAUCCUGUCAAAUUUUGAUGAUUCCAAGAAUAAGUCGAAGAAACUUCAAAAAAGAUACAAAAUCCUCUUCGAUUUUUGGCAAGACUACGUCAUACCAGAUCUCCAAAGGUAUAUCCAAAGAAAUGGUGAAGUAAUCAGGUUAAAUGAAAGUAUUAAACUGUUGCCCAAGAUUUUACAACAUAAGAUUAAGGUUAAACAUGAAAAGAAUAUUAGCGAACUGAUCGACAGCAAAUUAGUCAUUGUAUCCACAAAUCAUCCACAACUUUUGUUCAUUGACAUUUGUCAAAAAUUAAAAGAGAAAUUUGGGAACUUAAUGGACUCAAAUAAUUUAUUCGUUGUGCCUUUAGAAUUAAAAGAUCAACCAAAUUUGAGAGACUUUCAACAGAUUUGUCUAGACAAUCAAGAUUUGAGCAUUUUCGUUGACUGUACGAGUGGCGUUCCUGAUGAUUUGGAAAAUAUUUUCACUAACAAGGAAUUUAAGUUUACUUUUGUGGUGUCUAACAAGCAACAAAUUGAGGAACUGGAUAAAAUUUGCAGGCAAAAGGAGUUGGAAAAUGUCACAAGAUUGGACAUAAAUUACAACUGGAAAGACUUGACAGAAGAAAGUCAAACUCUGAUGCUGAAAACUAAAAUUAACUUCCAAAAUAAUUCACAAAUUUCAUUGAUGGAUCUUGUAAUGAACAGAAUCGAAACUAAGGAACCGGCAACCAGCACAGCACUAGAAAAUGACAAGGAAGACAUUAAUGAUCUGGCAGAUGAACAGCUUUUGAACUUAGUCCUGGAAAAUCAUCAAGUUUUAAUCAACUCAAAUCAAAAUGAUGACAAAAAUUUAGACUUGCUUUACAAAAAAAGAGGUUUUGUUACAAAGGUUAUAAUAACUGGAGAGGAUGUGGAGGAUGAGGAUUCGGAGGAUGAAAAAUCAGAAGGAAGAAAAAUUAAAAGCGAACAAAUUUCACAAGAAAAACUUCUUGAAGAAUCCAAAAACCAGCAGUACGUCCUCAUCUCAGAUUAUGCUGGAAAUGGCAAAAGUUGGGCAAUGAAAAACUUGUCAAAAAUCCUUCGAGAACAAAAUCCAACAAGUUGGGUCAGUUAUGUGGACUUGAAGCAGUUCAUUGACGAGUUUAAGGCACAACAAGACGAACCUGACUUUUCAUCUUUUAUGGUCGAGCACAUUUUAAAGCCACAACAUCAAUUUGAGGCCAAAAUAUUUCAAAAACUUUACAAGGACGGCCGAAUUUUCAUUCUUUUUGAUGGAUUUGAUGAAAUUGCUCCAAAUUAUGCUGAAUUUGUGUCUAAAUUGGCACAGAACUUCCAACAAAAUGGCGGGAAUCAACUGUGGAUUGCAACUCGAGACUAUUUUGAGGUUGAUUUGAUGGAAAAACUUAAGCUUAAUGUUGCUUAUAGUCUAAAGAAGAUGACAGAGGAUGAAGGAAUUGACUUGAUAGCAAAAAGCUGGCUAUUGAUGGAUUUACAGAAAGACAAUAAUGAGCCAAAAUCUAAAGAUGAGUUCGACAAGUUCAUUAAAUCGUCACCAAAAUACAAAAAUUAUAGAAACAAAGCUCGCAAAAUAAUCAUAAAGGCUGAAAUUUCAAGAAAUAAUUCAGUUGGACUUCCUCAAUUGUUUAAAAUGAUUGCUGUUGGAUUCAAAGAUGAGAAAAAUGUCGAUGACUUGCAAGGAAUUAAAAUUUACGUUAAAUUUAUCAAAAUUCUUUACAAACGAUGGGCUGAGCAGAAAGGCAAAAUCAGGAAUGAAGCAAGCAUUGACAGUCAAUUUUUUGAGCUUAGUUUCUACAAUUUUCAUCAAUUUCAAGCAAUAUUAAGUUUGUUCCCAGAAUUGGCUAAAAUAUUAUUUCCCAAUUAUGAUGAUAGUGAAUGGCCACAGGAAGAAGUCAUCGCUGGUGCCUUAAUGAGCAUAAAAAAUGGAAAAGUUUAUUUUCCUCACGAGACAUUCCGAGAAUAUUUUGUGGCUGAUGCAAUUGCAAAAGCUUUAAAAAAACCAAAAGUUAAUGAAAAAGUUGUCGAAAUAUUUGUUAAAAUUUUAACGGUUAAAAAGUUUGAAAUAAUUUGA